AUGGCAACUACUUCGUCCAAAACAAAUCCGCCGCCUUCGAGAAGAGCUCCUGCCUCUUCUCCUUCACCUACUCCGUCAACGCUGCAAAGAGGUGCUACAGCACGGUCAGCUGCAUCGCCUCGACUCUCGACUCUGAACGGCGUCAAUGCUAGGCGCCAUACUAUAUCAAAGAGUCCUUCACCUUCUGCUGUCGGUAACGGUGAUACACCCGAGGUCCUAGCAGCAUCUCUCAAACAGGAAACUGAUCAAAAAGAACUGCUUCUUGUCCAGGUCCAAGAGAAAGAACAGUUGCUGUCCAACUAUGCCACCGAGAAUAACAACCUCACGUUUGCCCUGAACAGCGCUGAAACCAGACUCAACGAAUUGUAUGCAGAACAAUCACGCUGGGAAGCCGAAUUGGCUCAACGCAUAGAUAUAUCAGAGAAGCUUAGAGAUCAAGUACGGGAAUUAGAGAAGGAGAAACGCGACUUGCAGCGCAGGUACAAUGAACAGACGGAAACUUUUGAGGCUGAGCGACAAGCCUUUUACGACAAUGAACAGCACCUUAAAUCUCGUAUUCAGUCCUUAACGGAAGCGCGUAAACGUGCCGAGACCUUGACAACCCAUGUGGAUCCAGAGACUGAGGAUGAGAAGGAAGAAAACGAGCCUUCAAUUUCGUUGAUUAAACAAACCAAGCCCGAGUCGACUCGACAAGAAACAGACUUAAACGAUCCUGAGAACGAGCCUGCAGAAAUGACUUCACUCAAACUCGAACUUUCAACCCUUUCUACUUCGUAUUCUUCAUUGCAGAGCACACUGAUUCUGAUGCAAACCCAGUUAGUUGAUCUCAAGCGAGUUAAUCAGGAACUCCAGGAGGAGAACGAGAGUUACAUGAUUCUUCUCAGAGAGAAGACGCUCAAUGGGCAAUUUGAUCUUAUGCGACAGGUUGGAGGUACCACCAGUACCGAUGAUGAAGCGUCUGACGAUGGAGAUUUGGACGAUACCACUAGCAGCAUGCGCAGCCAUGGACGAAGUCAAUUGGACAGGGUCGAAGAAGAAGAUUCGUUGGAUAUUAUGGAAUCCGAGCUGCCUGGACACGUCUCGGAUCCAGAUGAAUCUCAGCUGUCGCGUAUUUCUCGUCAUUCCAGACCAGACCGGAAACGCACAUUAUCCUCUCAUGGUGGUCGCGGGGAAUCGCUUGCCAAUCUUCCUAUCACAGGACCUGGUCUUGACCUCGCUGCAGAACUUGGAAGGGCAGAAAAUAAGGACAUUCUGGCAGGCAAUCCCAUAGAGGAUCGCGACCGCCCACAUAAGGGCAAACGCAGCAAGAAAGGUUCCGAUGGAUCAAGACUCGGAAUAUCCGAAAGUGCUGGCGUCGAUUCAAAUACUUCGACUGCGGAUAUUGAUGCUCUUCGCACCGAAGUCAAGUCGCUCAAAGACGCCAACAAGGCUCUUUCACUCUAUGCAUCCAAAAUCAUUGACCGUAUCAUUUCGCAAGAAGGCUUCGAGCACGUUCUGGCAGUCGACUACGACAAAGAACCCCAAACUCCAGCGACAGCAAUACCCAAUUCCAACUCCUCUAAAUUGCCCUUCGGACAGAGCAUAUCUAAGCAAAGACCACAGUCCGUUAUCGUUGGACGAUCUUCGUCCAACCCAAAUGCUGAUAUAAAGAAUGCUUCACCAAAGAUAUCUGCACCCGACCCCAAGGCCAAGAGGAGGUCUCUCUCUAUCGAUUGGUCAACACUGUUCGGUGGAGAGAAGAAGCCUGAGCCACCUUCAAAUUUAAGACCACUAAAAUUAACACCAGGUUCAACUUCCAUGACGGGAGCGCGGAAGCUGGAUAACAUCGAAGAUGAAGAAGACCGAAAGGAGCGAGAAAGACUCAAUGCUACGAUGAAGCUGAUGGGUUACCAACCUCAAAUACAAUCACCCAUGAAUUCACCAACCCCUUCAUUUAUAGAAAGGGCAUUUUCUGCACCUGCACCUGCAGCCGCAAAUCCUACGCCCAAAAAUAACCGCCGGUUCUCUCUCUUUGGUUCGAGAACUCCGGUGGAAACUUCUGAAUCAGCGUCUAUUCAUUCAACAUCAUCUUCACUAGGUCAAUUCAGCCGUGGCCAAUCGGGCUUAACUGAAGAAGCUCUUGAGCAUGUACAGGCAGAAAAUUCUUUAGCGGCCUUGGAUGCGCGCGAACGUGAUCUCAGCGUAGAAAUUGCCAAGGGUUCGGGUGGUGGCUUCACCGAGAUUGUACCUCGCGCAAGUAGGAGAGGCAGGAAGAGCGCAGGUAGCAGCGGCAGUACCGUUUGGAGUGCUGGAAUGAGCGCCGGUGACGACUGA